GUAGUUCAGAGCACUGGCGACAACGCCUGCGGGUGCGCGACACGGAGCCCGGCUCGGCGCGUGGGCAAGGAGUGUGAUCCCGUAAGGGUUUUGCAGAGGCCCUGGGCUGGAGGGCUGCACCACGGUCUUCACCAUGAGUGUCCCUGACUACAUGCAGUGUGCUGAGGACCACCAGACUCUCCUCGUGGUGGUCCAGCCCGUGGGGAUCGUCUCGGAGGAGAACUUCUUCAAGAUCUACAAGAGGAUCUCGUCCGUGAGCCAGAUCAGCGUGCGCGACUCGCAGCGCGUGCUCUAUAUCCGCUAUCGGCACCACUACCCACCCGAGAAUAACGAGUGGGGCGACUUCCAGACCCACCGCAAGGCCGUGGGCCUCGUCACCAUCACGGACUGCUUCUCGGCCAAGGACUGGCCGCAGACCUUCGAGAAGUUCCACAUGCAGAAGGAGAUCUACGGCUCCACGCUGUACGACUCGCGGCUCUUCGUCUUCGGGCUGCAGGGCGAGAUCGCCGAGCAGCCGCGCACCGACGUGGCCUUCUACCCCGGCUACGAGGACUGCGGGACGGUGGAGAAGAGGGUCGAGGACUUCAUCGAGUCGCUGUUCAUUGUGCUUGAGUCCAAGCGUCUGGACAGGGCCACGGACAAGUCCGGGGACAAGAUCCCGCUCCUCUGCGUCCCCUUCGAGAAGAAGGACUUCGUGGGACUGGACACGGAUAGUAGACAUUAUAAGAAGCGGUGCCAAGGGCGCAUGCGGAAGCAUGUGGGGGAUUUGUGCCUGCAGGCUGGGAUGCUGCAGGACUCCCUGGUCCAUUACCAUAUGUCCGUGGAGCUGCUUCGCUCAGUGAAUGACUUUCUGUGGCUUGGAGCUGCCCUUGAAGGGUUAUGUUCAGCUUCUGUCAUCUAUCACUAUCCUGGUGGAACUGGUGGUAAAACUGGAGCUCGAAGGUUCCAGGGUAGCUCACUUCCUGCUGAAGCAGCCAACAGACAUCGACCAGGGGCACAAGAAGUUCUCAUUGAUCCAGGUGCCCUCACCACUAAUGGCAUCAAUCCAGAUACCAGCACUGAGAUUGGACGGGCUAAGAACUGCCUUAGCCCUGAAGACAUAAUUGACAAAUAUAAGGAGGCCAUUUCCUAUUACAGCAAGUAUAAGAAUGCCGGGGUGAUUGAGCUCGAAGCGUGUGUCAAGGCCGUCCGUGUCCUUGCCAUUCAAAAGCGGAGCAUGGAAGCUUCGGAAUUUCUCCAGAAUGCAGUCUACAUCAACCUUCGACAGCUCUCCGAGGAGGAGAAGAUCCAGCGCUACAGCAUCCUCUCUGAGCUCUACGAGUUGAUCGGCUUCCACCGCAAGUCCGCCUUCUUCAAGCGCGUGGCCGCCAUGCAGUGCGUGGCCCCGAGCAUCUCAGAGCCCGGCUGGAGGGCCUGCUACAAACUCCUCCUCGAGACGCUGCCCGGCUACAGUCUGUCGCUGGAUCCGCAAGACUUCAACAGAGGCACGCACCGAGGCUGGGCUGCCGUCCAGAUGCGUCUGCUUCACGAGUUGGUCUACGCAUCCCGGAGGAUGGGGAACCCUGCUCUCUCUGUCAGGCACUUGUCCUUCCUGCUACAGACCAUGCUGGAUUUCUUGUCAGAUCAAGAAAAAAAGGACGUGACGCAAAGCCUGGAGAACUAUACCUCCAAGUGUCCCGGAACCAUGGAGCUCAUCACCCUCCCUGAUGGCCUCACACUGCCCCCGGUGCCCUUCACCAAACUUCCCAUCGUCAGGCGUGUGAAACUGUUGAACCUUCCCGCCAGCCUCCGGCCACAGAAAAUGAAAAGCUUGCUGGGCCAGAGCAUGUCGACCAAGAGCCCCUUCAUCUACUCACCGAUCAUCGCACACAACCGUGGGGAAGAGCGGAGCAGGAAAAUAGAUUUCCAGUGGGUUCAAGGAGAUGUGUGUGAAGUUCAGCUGAUGGUAUAUAACCCAAUGCCAUUUGAACUCCGAGUUGAAAACAUGGGGCUGCUCACGAGUGGAGUGGAGUUUGAAUCUCUCCCCGCGGCGCUCUCCCUCCCGGCUGAGUCUGGUCUUUACCCAGUGACGCUUGUUGGGGUCCCGCAGACGACGGGGACGAUUGCUGUGAAUGGUUACCACACCACGGUCUUUGGUGUCUUUAGCGACUGUUUGCUGGACAAUCUCCCAGGAAUAAAGACCAGCGGCUCCACGGUGGAAGUCAUCCCUGCUCUGCCCAGACUGCAGAUCAGCACGUCUCUGCCCAGGUCUGCACAUUCACUGCAACCUUCCUCUGGUGACGAAAUAUCCACUAACGUGUCAGUCCAGCUUUACAACGGAGAAACUCAGCACCUUGUUGUGAAACUGGAAAAUAUUGGGAUGGAACCACUGGAGAAACUGGAAGUCACCUCAAAAAUUCUCACCACCAAAGAAAAAUUAUAUGGUGACUUCCUGAGCUGGAAACUAGAAGAAACCCUUGCCCAGUUUCCCUUGCAACCUGGAAAGGUGGCCACUUUCACCGUCAGCAUCAAAGUGAAGCUGGAUUUUUCUUGCCAGGAGAAUCUCCUCCAAGACCUCAGUGACGACAGCAUCAGUGUGAGUGGCUUUCCGCUGUGCAGCCCCUUCCGCCAGGUCAUGAGGCCCCGGGUGGAGAGCAAGCCCGUGAACCCCGCUGAGGGCAGCCGGCCUGGAGACCUGGGUCACGUGAAGACCCUGGAAGCUAUCCUGAAUUUCAAAUACUCCGGAGGCCCGGGCCACAUUGAAGGAUAUUACAGGAACCUCUCGCUGGGGCUGCACGUAGAGGUUGAGCCAUCUGUGUUCUUCACACGAGUCAGUACGCUGCCGGCAACCAGCGCCCGGCAGUGCCACCUACUCCUGGACGUCUUCAACUCCACGGAGCACGAGCUGACGGUCAGCGCCCGGAGCAAUGACGAGCUCGUCCUGCACGCCGGCGAGGGCCAGAGAAUGGCUAUUCAAGUGGACAAGUUCAACUUUGAGAGUUUCCCAGAAUCCCCUGGGGAGAAGGGGCAGUUGGCAAAUUCCAAGGAGCUGGAGGAGGAGAGGCAGGAAGCCCGAGGCCUGGAGAUCAACAGCAAGCUGGACAUCCACUGGACCAUCCCCUCUCUGAAGCGCACAGGUGAGGCGAGUGUGGAAGGACUCCUGAGCCAGCUGGUCCUGGAGCAUCUGCAGCUGGCCCCUCUCCUGUGGGAUGUGCUGGUGGACGGACAGCCCUGUGACCGCGAGGCGGCGGCCUGCCGGGUGGGCGACCCUGUGCGCCUGGAGGUGAGGCUGACCAACCGGAGUCCGCGCAGCGUGGGGCCCUUCGCCCUCGGCGUGGUGCCCUUCCAGGACCACCAGAACGGCGUGCACACCUACGACCUGCGCCAUGCCGUCUCCUUCGUGGGCUCCGGCACCUUCUACCUGGACAAGGUGCGGCCGUCGGGCCAGUCAGCCUGCCUUGGGGCCCUUCUGUUCCUCUGCACGGGCGACUUCUUCCUCCGCAUCCGCUUCCAUGAGGACAGCUCCAGCAAGGGGCUGCCGCCCUCCUGGUUCCGCCUGCCCAGCGUGCACGUGCGCGCCCUGGGGGCCCAGGCCUGAGCCGCUGUUCCCGCGGGGAGAGAUGACCAGAGGGCUCCCCGGGCAGGGGACAGGCCUUCGCUGCAACUCCUGUCCACUCCUCCCAACCCUCACCUCCCCUCCUACCUGCGGCGUCCUCUCUGGGCUUUGCAGGAGCCCCCAGACUUGGCAGCCGUGCCCCUUCCCACACUGGCCGUCAGGGCUCCCCUGCAAGAGGCCGCUGCUAGGGUGAAUGCUAACCAAACCCCAAAGUGUGGCCCUGGGUCCCUGCACCUGUUCCUGUGACCUGGGGUUCACAGCCCAGCCAGCAGGAAGAAAAGGUGAGCGUGAGGGAGGGGCACAGCCGGGGGUGGGGGGUCUGGGGAGCCUCCCUCGGCCCCCUCAGCCCUUGGAAUCCCCCGAGGGCUGGCUCUUCUCCCAGGGUCCCCGAGGCAGCCCAGCCAGGAGAGAUGGCACCGUGGUUGACCCCAAGAGGAGCCACCUGCCCCCGGUGGGUAGACAGUCACCUGUGCCAGCUGUUCUGGCCCCUGGGCUGGUUCCAGCCUGGGCUGUGGGGGGUCACAGCCUGUGUGUGUCUGCGUGUCGGUGACAGAUUCUCCAAUAAACGGCCUGCCUCGCUUCUC